AUGACUUCAGAAGAGAAGUCUACUUUUUGUGGUGUUUUCAAGGGCAGUAAGUUACCAGAUGGUAGUGCAUCAAACAUUUCAAGAUGUGUGCACAUUACUGAAAGGAAAAUAUCUGGUUAUAAGAGUCAUGAUGCACAUUUUAUGCUACAUUACUUACUACAGAUAGCAAUAAGAAGCACAAUGCCAAAUGCAGUGGCUCAUCCUCUAAUUCGUCUUGGUUGUUUUUUUCGCUCUUUGUGCCAAAAAGUUAUCCAAGUCCAUGAGCUAGACUACUUACAAGCAGAGAUUGUAGAAAUACUUUGUCAAUUGGAGAUGAUUUUUCCUCCUAGCUUUUUUGAUAUAAUGGUUCACUUACCUAUUCAUCUUUCCAAUGAGGUUAAAUUGGGUGGCCCGGUUCAAUUUCGGUGGAUGUAUCCUAUAGAAAGAUAUUUAUGUAAGCUCAAGAGUUAUGUUCGUAAUAGAAGCCAGCCAGAAGGUUCUAUUGCUGAGGGGUAUUUGGCUGAAGAGGCAUUGACUCUUUGCUCAAGAUAUUUACAUAAAAAUGUGGAGACAAGGUUGAAUAGAAAGAAUCGAAAUUAUGACAACAGUGAUUUGUGUGAAGUAGAUGCAGCUGAUUACUUCACAAGUAUUGGAUGUCCUUUAGGGGGGAAGAAAAAUGGGGAACCAUUUGCUUUGGACUUUCAAUCUACAGCCCAAGCCCAUCGAUACAUCUUAUUCAAUUGUGAAGAAGUUCAAGUCUAUAUCCGAGAGCAUGAUGAUAGUAUUAAUAGUCACACUAAAAAACGGAAGUGGGCUAAGGCAAAAGUGCAGAGUCAAGAUUUUAGUGAAUGGUUUAGAAAUCGGGCCAUGAAAAAUGAUGUAUCAUUUCAGCUCAAAGAAUUGUCAAGAGGACCAAAUACUAUUGCAAAGAGGUUUUCAGGCUAUGCAUGA